AUGUCCCUAGCCAAACUACCAUUUCUCUGCUCCGGUUUAGCGGCUGGUCAUAUCCUCUCGUCGCCACCACAGCCGAAGGUCGACGUGCAGAAACGCCCGAGACAUGUCGGUCUAUAUGAACGUUUCUUUUCAGCCACUGCAUAUGCAGCUACCAAGUUGGUAAAGAUAACAACGUCUGCACCGCUUCUCCUCGAGAUAGCGGUCAUCCUCGCUAGCAAAUAUCCCUCGCAUCGCCUCUCCCAGUUGGUCUUGCGCACCCUGGUCGAUGGACCCUUCGCACUCACGGAGCGGAUUACCCUUUCCCGCCCCGUCCUAGUGUGCUGGGGCUUGGGAAUGCUCGGCACCUACAUACGAUAUCAGUGCUAUCGCGCGCUCGACCGCUCAUUCACCCUUGAGCUCGCCGUCCGGGACGAGCAACAGCUUGUGACGGGCGGCCCGUACAGCUACGUGCGCCACCCCAGCUACACUGCUGCAGCCGUGGCUGCAACCAGCAUCAGCCUGAUGCAGAUCGCUCAAGGUUCGUGGGCGGAGGAGUGCGGCAUCUUGCAGACACAGGUUGGGCGAGCGAUCGGAAUGUUGCAUAUAGGGCUCUGUGCGUUCCUCAACGUGUCGAUCCUAUUGCGCACAUCGAGGGAGGACGCAAUGCUGAAGAAACACUUUGGCAAGGAGUGGGAGGAAUACGCGAAGAGGGUUCCUUACCGGUUGAUCCCUUUCGUCUAUUGA